CAGCCUACCCCAAAGCAACCAAGUUAUUGUCUGAGAUUGAGAUUUGAGAGACUUGAAGGGUUUGGCUACUUGCAGGGUAUGGCGGAAAAAGAAUCAAGUGAACUCGGGAUUACAAAAGCAUCUUCAGUGCAAGAGAGAAUCAAAAAUAAUCGAAAGCGAAAGCUUGAAACUUUCGAAAACCAGCAACGAAGAUGGGGCUCCUUGAGAAGUUGCGGAUUGGCCCUAGGGUUUGAUGUGGAUUGGUGAUCUUAUGAAGAAAUUCAGUCUACUUGGCAAUAUGAUUAUGAAAUCGCCCUUUUUGCUAGGAUUGGACUCCACUGCCACAAUUUUCAGAAGGGAACAAACUAUAAGUUUAAACGCUUGGAAAAGUGUGGUACUCACUCGACUAGAUACGAGGACUACUACAUAACUUUCGAGGCAACGGCUCCGACCAGCGGCUCGGUCUUCUCUUUUCAGACCAUGUUAAGCAAUGAUUAUCAGUAUCUUACUUGGGGUAUCGGUCUUACGUUGGCGAGCUUAGCCGCCAGAAUCAAAGCAACACAUGGUACCGAGAGUGUGGAUGAAGUUUGGGACAUGGCUGCAAUAGAUGAUUCCUACAAAGGUCCGAUGCCCAAAUGGUUUUCUGAUGAGGCCUUGGUCCGUGACGAUAAAAAGGUUUACGUGGUGCAAGAAUCAGAGCUGCAUGAGAAUGACUGGCUGCAACUGCUCAUGGAAGUCGCCUUCUACUCCAAAACAGAGAGUGGUGUAAGCGCUUGCAAACCCUUGGAGAUCAAGAAGGUUGUUGUACAAACUUUAGAAGAAUACACAACAGAGGCCCGUGAGAAGCUCAAGGCAGAUAAUGCAAUCUUCUACAUAAGUUACAAGUGUAUUGCUGAUCCUUCAACACCCUGGGCUGGUGAGCACGACGCUAUAAUAAGGAAAACCAUGGAUGGGAAACCAGGGCACAUGAGCCUUGAAGUUGCUGUCACUAAGGAACAAAUAGAAGACAGAGAGACAUGAGGUCCUCGAAUGUUUGUUUUUCUUUGAAUUGUGAAGCUAAAAAAAACUGUGAGACAAGUUCUGUUAGAUGAAUUUAUGCAGCCUCCGUAAAGUUUAAUUAUAUGCGUUUCAAACGCACUGAACGCUUCGAACUUUUGGCUAAUCCAAGAUGCACUGAAUCCAAGUGUGAGCAACUCUUUAGACUACCCGAAAGAUUAUAUUCACUCACUUAGUCAGCUUUUAAACAUUCUUUCUUUUGUUCACUCUCCAAGCUUUUUGCUUCUUAUUCCACCUUUGGAGGGCAAUCUUCUCCGACUUCCACUUUUGACUACGAAACCGUUCUCUCCCUUUUAGCCAAUCGGAAUAAUCCUUCCGGGGCUCACACUCUAUGAAAUCUGCCAACUUCUCCACGUCUCAAAUAGAGCAGUUUAUUGUCAGUAUUAUCAGCUUCAGUGUGUUCAGGAUAUUUUCUUGCAUGUUCAGUGUCAAUGAAGACUUAAUAAAACGUUCUUAAGAUGACAACCUGCAAGUAUUAUGUGUUAGUUGUAGCAGAAUAAUGAAACUGGAAGUUCUAAUGUGGUUUAAUAUUU